AUGAGCGACGACGAGGAAGGCGACUAUGACACCAUCACCCACACCGAAACUGGCCGCGGCGUGAAGUUGCUCUUCUCCAAAUCCAAGGUCUACAUCCACCCAACCCCCUCCGCUCGGGAUAACAUCCCCGGCUACAUCGCCCUCCUCCAACAGAAACACCCCCAAAACACCUUGUCCUCUUCCGCCGCCACCAAAACCACCAAUGACAACCAACGCCCAACCUCCUCCUCCUCAUCCCUCUCGUCCCGCUCCCACCCCACCUCCUCCGACCUCCUCCUAGCCUGGCUGCCCGAAUCCGCCCUCGGCGACGCCGCAUCCAUCUACGUCAAAGUCGACCUCUGCGACAGCGACUCCCCGCCCAAGCAAUCCUACCUCGUCCCGCCCCCACCCACCAUCACCAGCCACCCGGCCACCGGCGUCGGCCACUACGCCUUCGCCGUCCCCGUCUCGGCCGUGUACUCGCUGCUCGUGCGCCCGCCCAGCGUCGGCUGGUGGUACGGCAGCGUGAUCCUCAACUCGCGCGCCGGCGACAGCUUCCCGCCGCUGUUUUUUCACGACAAUGAGUGCCAGAGCACCCUGCUGCAGAAGCGCCGCCGCGCCCGCGACGCCUUUGAUCCCUUUGGCGAGGCCGGCGAGAUGUUUUGGGGUGGGGAUGAGGUUCUGCGCUGGCUGAAGCGCUACGUGCCGGUCGAGCGUAGUGUGGCUGAGCCGAAUGUGUAUCUGGUGGAGCCGAGCGAGGAGGAUAGUCUCGCAUUUGGGGGAAAAGGGCCCGGGAAUGUGAGGACGGUGGUUGGGAGGGGGGAUGGGAGUGGGGCUGGUGGUGUCGCUGGGGCGUCGAGGGGUUCGAUGGGGGGUGGUGGUGCGGGGAGUAGGGAUGGCGGGAUGGAUCCGUUUAUGAAGUUCGUCAAGGAGACGGGGUGGAAUAUCAUGGAGAAGUUCAGCAAGGUCACGACGUUCACGCGCCAGACCGCCCAGGACGUAUUGGAUAACCCACGCAUGCCGCCCCAGGUCAGGCGGCUGCUGCGGAACCCCGAGGUGCAGACGCUGCAGGAGGAGUUUGACAGCGCGCGCAUCUAUCUGGCGCGGUGGGCUAUGGGCAUCGCCGAGCAGAGCGAGCGCGAUCGCAACCAGCGGAUAUGGACCGCCCGGGAGGUUAUGGAGCUGGAGGACACCGAUGUGGGCGAGUUUGAGCUUCUCGAUAGCACGAGCAGCUUGACGCUGGAGCAGAUGCGGAAGCCGGUGACGCUCAAGGAGUGGAAGACCUUCUUCGACCCGCGGACGGGGCGCUUGUCGGUGACCGUGGACGAGGUCAAAGAGCGCGUGUUCCACGGCGGGCUUGAUGCUGAGGACGGUGUGCGGAAGGAGGCCUGGCUAUUCCUCCUUGGCGUGUACGAGUGGUACAGCACGGCUGACGAGCGCAAGGCUCAGGCCGCCUCGCUCCGAGACGCCUAUAUUAAGCUCAAGGGCGCUUGGUGGGAGCGCCAGAUCGACAAGGGCGGAGAGGGCGAGGAGGGCGAGUGGUGGCGGGAACAGCGAGGACGUAUCGAAAAAGACGUCCACCGCACCGACCGCAACGUCCCCAUCUUCGCCGGCGAAGACAUCCCCCAUCCGGACCCCGAAUCGCCCUUCUCCACUGUCGGCACCAACGUGCAUCUUGAGCAGCUCAAGGAUAUGCUACUGACCUACAACGAAUACAACCGCGACCUAGGCUACGUUCAGGGAAUGUCAGACCUACUCGCGCCCAUCUACGCCGUCCUGCAGGAUGACGCUUUGGCCUUCUGGGGCUUCAAGUGCUUCAUGGACCGUAUGGAGCGCAACUUCCUCCGCGACCAGUCCGGCAUGCGCUCGCAGCUGCGCGCGCUCGACCACCUCGUGCAGUUCAUGGACCCUAAGCUGUACGCGCACCUCGAGUCGGCCGACAGCACCAACUUCUUCUUCUUCUUCCGCAUGCUGCUGGUCUGGUACAAGCGCGAGUUUGACUGGCCCGACGUGCUGCACCUGUGGGAGGUCCUCUGGACCGACUACCUCAGCAGCAGCUUCCACCUGUUUGUGGCCCUCGCCAUCCUCGAGAAGCACCGCGACGUCAUCAUGACCCAUCUCAAGCACUUUGACGAAGUGUUGAAAUACAUCAACGAGCUCUCAUGCACCAUCGACCUCGACUCCACCCUCAUCCGCGCCGAGGCCCUCUACAAGCGCUUCCACCGCCUCGUCGACGCCAUCGACAAGAAGGGGAGCUUCCCCGCGCCCCGGCACAAGGUCCCCGAGCAGGCAUCUGAGCCGGGCUCGUCUUCUCCUGCUGCUGCUGCUGCGGAUACGACUGCUAUGAAUGCUACGGCUGCUACGCCGGCUCCGGGGAGUGGUGCCAGCGCCGGUGCCGGCGCUGGUAGUGGUGGUGGCCGGAACACAGGGAAGGCCCCCGCGCAGCCGCAGAAACAACCUGAAAAGGAGAAAGUGCUUACUCCUGAUCUGAGGAGGUUGCUGAGCCGGCAGGUGGAGGUGUUGCCGCAGAAGGACGUGGCUAAGAAGGGGGACGGGGUGGCGGGGGUUGGGGGGAAGUAG